AUGCGGCGAGUUGUUGUAACCGGUCUUGGGGCAGUAACACCGCUAGGUGUAGGGAUUCGGCGUACAUGGAAACGCAUACUAGAUGGUCAUUGCGGUGUUGUUAAUGUGAAAGAUCGCGAUGAGCGCUUUGCUGAACAGCCCUGUCAGGUUGCUGCUGUUGUGCCAGAGGGCAGUCGUGAAAAUGGGGGGUGGACUGCCUCAGAAUGGUUGAGUCGGGGUGAAGAACGGAAGAUGGCCAAGUUUGCGCAGUAUGCCAUGGCAGCGACGGAAGAGGCGCUUCAGGAUGCGAACUGGAAGCCUGAGCCUUUUGAGCAAAGGGAGGCGACGGGAGUCUGCCUGGGGUCAGGCAUUGGGAACUUCGAUGAAAUUUACAACACAGUCAUAGCCUACGACAGGGGGGGCUACAAGAAGGUCAAUCCACUAUUCGUGCCAAAGCUGCUGAUCAACCUUGGCGCUGGGCAUAUUUCCAUGAAGUACGGGUUCAUGGGCCCGAGUCAUUCCGCGACAACGGCUUGCACGACUGGUGCCCAUUCCAUUGGCGAUGCAGCUCGAUUCAUUGCCUGUGGUGAUGCAGAUGUGAUGGUCGCUGGUGGCGCCGAGUCCUGCAUCCAUCCUUUGGCCAUUGGCGGCUUUGCGCGUGCCAGAAGUCUAGCGACAGGAUUCAACGACAAUCCAGAGAAGGCUUCACGGCCGUUUGAUGCCGACCGUGUAGGCUUUGUGGUUGGUGAAGGAGCAGCUGUGAUGAUUCUCGAGGAGCUAGAACAUGCUCUCGCAAGAGGGGCGCGGAUCUAUGCAGAACUCAAAGGAUAUGGCUGCUCCAGCGAUGCACACCAUAUGACCUCGCCUAAGGAAAACGGUGAAGGUGCAUUCAUGGCCAUGAAAAAGGCGCUUAAGCAAGCCCAGUUACGCCCUUCUGCAGUUGACUAUGUCAAUGCACAUGCAACUUCGACCAUUGUGGGCGAUGCUGCUGAAAACGCUGCUAUCAAGGCACUUCUUCUUGGUCCCGAUGGCAAAGAUAAGGCUGCCGAUGUGAACGUUAGCAGCACAAAAGGUGCUCUCGGUCAUCUGCUUGGCGGUGCUGGUGCUAUAGAAGCUUUGAUCAGUGUACUUGCAAUUCAUGAGAAUACCAUGCCCCCUACUAUCAAUCUAGACCGCUUGGCUGAUGGGUUUGAUUGCAACUAUGCGCCAAAAGAUCCCCAAUCACGACAGAUCGAUGUGGCCUUGACAAAUAGUUUUGGCUUCGGUGGCUUUCCGAGUGAUAAGAAACCGUUCUGUCUCUCGCUACUCUUUCAGUUUGCGCUCACCAUGGCGAACAGUGGUGACCCCGGUCGAGGACCGGGAAGUCUGGUUGAUGCUUCCGGGUACGCCUUCACAGACAAGGAUACCAAACCCGGCAAGAUCAAGGUGAAGAAGACGGCCAAGGCAUCCACCAAGAAGAAGGCAGACGAAGCCAAAGAUGGUCCUAUUGAUACCUCCCCUACCGCCUCUCCCCUCCCCACCCUCGACAGCAAAGUCGUCUCCGUGUUCCCGACCGGCAAGCCGCGCGAAGAUGACCUCCUUGAGACCGUCAUCUGCAAGCAUUGCAAGCGGCCCACUCUUAAGCAAACCGCAGCGGAUCAUGUCCGCGGCUGCUUGAAAGCCAAACAGGAGAAGGCGCGCAAGAAGAAGGAAGCCCGCGAUGCGGCCAAUCGCCUGAAGGCCGGCGACGAUCGAGACGAUGACGGUCCCGACAAGGCCGACGGAGACAACCCCAACAUGGGCCAGAAGAGCGCCAAGAAGAGCGCUACCAAGGGCACCGAGGACGGCAACAAGAAGGGCAAGAAGCGCAAGGCCGAUGAGGACGACGGAAAGGAGUCAAAGAAAAAGAAGAAGAAGGACGAGCCCAAGCAAAAGACGGCCAAGCCGAAAGGUCCUGUCGAUGUCGAAAAGCAGUGUGGUGUUACUCUUCCCAACGGCGCGCAGUGCGCUCGUUCAUUGACCUGCAAGAGCCACUCAAUGGGUGCCAAGCGCUCGGUUCCUGGUCGGACACUGCCGUAUGAUAUGCUUCUCCAGCAGUAUCAGAAGAAGAACCAGGCUCGCCAGCAGAAGGCUGCUAUCGAUGCCAACGCUCCUCUGCAAGAAGAUAUCGAGAACACAGGUCCUAUUGACUCAGACGAAGAAAGAGAUGCCGUCAUGGCCGCCAUUGCCCGUUCUGCGCCCCAGCCUCUUGUUCGCCAUCCCAUCAUCACCACCAAGUCGAAAUACCGAUACGUCCGCAUCAAGGAGCAGAUGUCGCAUGCCAUGGGAGUUCGGAAUGGCGGUGGUCUUUUCUCCAACGACGACAGCCAACCCCUUUUCGGUGGCAUUCUUUUUUCGACUGUCGCGGCCGAUUUGGACUCAUCGUCCCUUGACGCCAAUGGGGAGUCUGAUAUCUCUGCUGGUGGAAUGGAUGCAGGCAAGAGAUCCGCUGUUCCAGGUGGCCGCAAAACUCCGGUCACUUCAGCUUGA